AUGCAGAUGCUCACAAAGUUCGAGUCGCGCUCGAACCGCGUCAAGGGCAUCUCGUUCCACCCGCGCCUCACCCUCCUCGCCGCGUCGCUCCACUCGGGCUCGAUCCAGCUGUGGAACUUUCAGAUGGGCGUGCUGGUGGACAGGUUCGAGGAGCACGAUGGUCCCGUUCGCGGUAUCGACUUCCACCCGACCCAGCCGCUCUUCGUUUCGGGCGGUGACGACUACAAGAUCAAGGUCUGGAACUACAAGACCCGCCGAUGCCUCUUCACCCUGCACGGCCACCUCGACUACGUCCGCACCGUCUUCUUCCACCCCGAACAGCCGUGGAUCAUCUCGGCCUCGGACGACCAGACGAUCCGGAUCUGGAACUGGCAGUCGAGGACUUGUAUCGCCAUCCUGACAGGUCACAACCACUACAUCAUGUGCGCGCAGUUCCACCCGAAGGAGGAUUACGUCGUCUCGGCUUCGAUGGACCAGACUGUGCGGGUGUGGGACAUCUCGGGCCUCCGGAAGAAGUCGACAACAGCGGCGCCCCUUUCUUUCGAGGAGCAGAUCCAGCGUGCGAACGCGGGUCAGGCCGACCUGUUUGGCAACACGGACGCGGUCGUCAAGUACGUCCUCGAGGGCCAUGACCGCGGCGUCAACUGGGCGUCCUUCCACCCGACUCUUCCCCUCAUCGUCUCGUGCGGCGACGACCGCCAGAUCAAGCUGUGGCGGAUGUCGGAGACUAAGGCGUGGGAGGUCGAUACGUGCCGCGGACACUACAACAACGUCUCGCAGGUGCUGUUCCACCCGAAGCACGAGCUCAUCAUCUCGGACUCGGAGGACAAGACGAUUCGCGUGUGGGACAUGACGAAGCGCACGGCCGUGCAGACCUUCCGCCGCGAGAACGACCGGUUCUGGGUCCUCGCUGCGCACCCGAAGCUCAACCUCUUUGCGGCCGGCCACGACUCGGGCCUGAUCGUCUUCAAGCUCGACCGCGAGCGACCCGCCUUCUCGAUGCACGCCAACAUGCUCUUCUACGUCCGUGACAAGCACGUCCGCGCGCACGACCUCUCGACCGGCCAGGACACGAGCGUCGUCUCGGUCCGCCGCCUCGGCACGCAGUACCAGCAGCCGCGCACGCUUUCGUACAACCCCGCCGAGAAGGCCGUCAUCGUCACGUCGGCGUCAGACAACGGGCUGUACGAGCUCGUCCGCCUGCCGAAGGACCUUGCGUCGGGCGAGGUGCGCGACUCGGCGAGCGAGGGGAAGCGCGGGACGGGCCAGUCGGCUCUCUUCGUAGCGCGCAACCGCCUCGCUGUCCUCGACCGCCAGGCGCAGACGAUCGAGAUCCGCGACCUCGAGAACACGAUCACCAAGACGAUCAAGUGUCCCGUCCAGGUCCAGGACAUCUUCUUCGGCGGCACGGCGAGCCUCCUCCUCUCGACUGCGACGAGCGUCGUCCUGUACGACAUCCAGCAGCAGAAGGUCAUCUCGGAGAUUGCGACCCCGCUCGUCAAGUACGUCGUCUGGUCGAACGACAAUUCGAUGGUCGCGCUCCUCUCGAAGCACACGAUUGUCCUCGCCAACAAGACGCUCGGCAACCCGAACUUGAUCCACGAGACGAUCCGCAUCAAGUCGGGCGCGUGGGACGACGCCGGCGUCUUCCUCUACACGACGCUCAACCACAUCAAGUACGCACUCCCGAAUGGGGACAACGGCAUCAUCAAGACGCUUGAGCAGCCCGUCUACCUCGUCCGCGUUAAGGCCAAGACCGUCCACGUCCUCACCCGCGACGCGCGCGUCGAGGCGGUCCAGAUCGACCCGACCGAGUACCGCUUCAAGCUCGCCCUCGUCCGCAAGAACUACGACGAGGUCCUCCACAUCAUCAAGACGAGCAACCUGGUCGGACAGAGUAUCAUCGCGUAUCUGCAGAAGAAGGGCUUCCCCGAGAUCGCCCUCCACUUCGUCCAGGACAAGACGACGCGGUUCGAUCUCGCCAUUGAGUGCGGCAACCUCGACGUCGCGCUCGAGAUGGCCAAGUCGCUCGACCGCGAGGACACCUGGGCGCGCCUCGGCCAGCAGGCGCUCAAGCAGGGCAAUCACAAGAUCGUCGAGAUCGCCUACCAGCGCACGAAGAACUUUGACCGCCUCUCCUUCCUCUACCUCGUCACCGGCAAUGAGGACAAGCUCGGCAAGAUGAGCAAGAUCGCCGAGAUGCGCGGCGACCCGAUGUCGCGGUCCCACAACGCGCUCUACACCGGCAACGUUGAGGGCCGCGUCAACGUUCUUGCCGAGGCCGGGAUGACCCCGCUUGCCUACAUGACCGCCAAGACGAACGGCCUCGACGAGCUCGCGCAGCAGAUCCUCGAGUCUGCCGGCUUAACCGCCGAGGAGGUCGAGCCUGUCCUCCCCCCCUCGCAGCACCAGCGUUCCACCCUUCGUCCCCCUCGCCCCGUUAACCCGACCGCCGACUCCAACUGGCCUUCCGUCGGUGUCACCGAGUCGUUCUUCGACCGUGCGCUCGCUGCGGCGGCGAAUGGUGAGCCGACUGGUCUUGAUGCGUACGACGAGGAGGACUUGCUCGAGCAGGCGGUUGCUGGUGAGGAGGGCGGAUUGGCAUGGGCUGCGGAGGACCGCCUGGACAAGCACGAGGCGCAGGAGGCGGAGGACGCGUGGGACCUUGCGGGCGACGAAGAUGGCCAAGGUGACGGAGCAGACGGCGAGGCGUUCGGUGCUGGCGACGGCGGAGCAGCAGACGGUUUGGCUGGCGCAGGAGCGAGUCCCGAGGACGAGCUGAGCGGGCCCGUGCAGCCUGGCAUUCCGGAAUCCGAGCUGUGGGUGCGGAACUCGCCUCUCGCCGCCGACCACGUCGCCGCCGGUUCGUUCGAGACGGCGAUGGGACUCCUCAACCGACAAGUCGGCAUCGUCAACUUUGCGCCUCUCAAGCCCCUCUUCCUCUCCGUCUAUCGCUCAUCCCGCCUCUACCUCCCCGCCGCCCCUUCCCUCCCGCCUCUCGAGAUCCCCUUGCGACGGAACGCCGACCGCAACGAGCCGCGCUCCGUCCUGCCUGUCGCGACGCUGUCGCUGCAGAGCAUCACGCAGAACGAGCUUCGCGCGGCAUACGCGGCAUUCCAGCGCGCCAAGUUCGUCGAAGCCGCCGACAUCUUCCGCUCCAUCCUCCAGUCGCUCCUCCUCGUCCUCACCGAGACGGCCGCGCAGGCCGCCGAGCUGCAGGAGCUCGUCAUCGUCUGCCGCGAGUACCUGAUCGGCCUUUCGCUCGAGAUUGAGCGACGACGGAUCGCGGCGCAGCCCGAGAUGCUCAAGCGCCAGCUCGAGCUCGCCGCCUACUUCACCCACUGCCGCCUCCAGCCCGCACAUCUCCAGCUCGCCCUCCGCCUCGCCAUGACGACCUUCUCCAAAGCCAAGAACUACCCGACCGCCGCCUCGUUCGCCCAGAAGCUCCUCGACCUCAACCCUGCGGCAGCGGUUCAGCAGCAAGCGAACACGGUCAUCUCGACGGCGAACAAGUACCCUCGGGACGCGAUCGAGAUCGACUAUGACCUGCAUCAGCCGUUCGACGUCUGCCCCGCGAGCCUCACGCCCAUCUACGCCAACGCGCCCGCCGUCGAGGACCCCUUCACCGGUGCGCGGUACCACCCGCAGUUUGCUGGCCAGGUCUGCCGGGUCAGCGGCGUCAGCGAGAUCGGCAAGAGCGCGGCCGGCCUCAGGAGUACGGUCUAG